AUUCCUCCAGUUGCGGCUCCAGAGGUAACUGCUCCUCUAGAGGCUCCACAAGUGACUACUUCUCUUGCUCCACGUACAUUUGAUUCUCCACUAGGGAUUUCUACAAGGGCUGCCUCUGAGAUGAUAUCCAUGCCAGAUGACAUUCAGAUCAUAAGGCACCGACUUGGGAGAUUUGUGCCACCUAUGGAGAUCACUCAGGUUGGUGCUCGGNUAUCCUGA